AUGAUGAUUGUUUAUUUAUUAUUUUUAUGCUAAAGUACGCUUGGUCUGAUAGAUAAAUGUUUAGAACAUCAAACAUACUCGGAAUGCAUUUCAAGUGAAUAAGUUUAUUGUAAGUAUGUGAUUCAGAUUAGGCAUGUGGGAUUUUGUGUUUGAAUAAUGUAAGCAAAGUGACAACUACCUAAUUGGAUGCAAUAUCUACAUCAAUAAAAUAGGGUGCACAUCCCAAUUGGGAUCCAGCAUCGCUAAAGUGGCAUACUGUAUUAAAAAUGUGUUAAUGAAAAGGCAAGUUCGAUGGAAGAUGUUAGUAAAUCAAGGAUUUGGAGAGUGAACAAUGCUCCGAUAAUCUAAACAGAUACGGGUGUCUAGCAAUACAGAAUCCACACUCCAUUUGUAAAUGGGAGAACAACCAAUGUCUGACUGUCACUGGACAAGAUAUCAACAAAAUCCAGGAGAACUUCAAUGUGGUCUAUUACAGUAGUAAUGCUUGUCAGUAUGUAACCAACUAUUUGGUCAUCCAUCACACAGUCUUAUGGGAAUUGUUGACUUACGAGCCUGAUUUGUAGUGGGAAGUGAAUCAAUAUAUAUUGAAUUCAGCAUAAAAAAUAGAUUAAGAUUUAAGUUUAUUAUAAAAUAGCAAUACCAGAAAUCAAAUCUUCAAACCCUUUGUGUUCGGGCAAAAGUAUUAGACCGAAACCAACAGAUAUCGACUGGGAUGCAAUGCCAUUGACAUUAGAGAUGACGACGAUUUCAACCUUUUGAUUAAUCUGUCUCAAGAUACUUUUGGAGUCAAUCAUCUCUAUUGCAAAUACCUCGAAAAAAACACCAAUUAUGUUAUAUUCUUGAAUGGCAGAUGCCAACAAGUAUCCCCAGCUCUAUUGGCUACUACUUCCUUUAUAGAUGACAAUAAGAUCUAAUGCAAAUAACUCAGCUAUUCGUUAUGUUCAAUUUACAAAUCAAAAACAAGGAAAUGCUAUAUCCCAAACAAAACCCAAGAAUUCACCUGUCUGGAAGGGGAGUCAAGAGUAGACUUGGACCAAGAAUGCAUGUUACAACGUGAUUUCGAACCAUAUUAUCGAUGCGAACAAAUAAAAUACUGUUAUUUUGAUAUAAAUAAACAAUAUUGCUCAGACUUUUGUUUUGGUCUGAGGAAGAAACCUGAUUGUUUAUCCAGUGGGAUCUGUUUAUGGUCAGGCAUUGAUGAAAAUGAACAGAAUGACUUGUUGUCAUGCAUGCCUUUGUAUGGAUGCAAUCAAUUAGGAUUAGAUAUCUAUUAUUGUAAAUAUUUGUAAGAUUACUGUGAUUGGUAAGAUGGCCAUUGUUUUUAGAUGAGCGAGGCAUACGCAUUUUCAUUGACAUGUCAACAAGCAUUCAACAAAUAUGUUUGCUUGAAUGUCUAGAAAUCAGAUCAAAUGUGCAUUUGGUAUAAUGAACAAUGUAUCACUUUCAAUGAUUAUGAAUUGAAGUACUUGUUUAAUACACUGCCCUAUGUGUACAAAAUGAACAGGAAUAUGUGUAUCAACUUUAAAAAAGAUAAUUGUAAAUAUAUAUAUAUAUAUGCUAUUUUAGUUAUGUUUGAUCCCAUUAAUUACCAGUGUAGCUAUUAGACUAAAUUACAAAUUAAUUGCAAUAACAGAAUGAUUAACAAGUAUCAUUGUUAUAACAUUGUGAAUGAUCUCUGCAAAUGGGAUGACUACUUGAAUUAGUGCAUGACUAUUUUGAAUAGUGAUACUUACUAUUGCAACCAAUUAACCAAUGUGUCAUUUAGAGUCUGUCUCAAUGCUAAGGUGAGUAAUCCUUCUAAUGACUGCUUAUAUGACUGGGACUCCUUCUCCUGUUAUGAAGGAUCCAACCAAGACCAAUUGAUCCAAGAGGAGAGUGAUUGUUACAAUGUGGAUGUCAUCAAGUAAUUCAGACAAUGGAAUCAAGGAAAGUGUGUAGAAUUAUCAAUAUAAGAAGUGAAUAAUAUACAGUGCAUAUCAUGGAGAAAUGUAAAUCGAAAUGUUUGUGUCAUGAAUAUAUUCAAUAACCAACCAUGUAUUUACGAUGAAAAACUAAAGUUAUGUUACAAUGACAUCAUUAUUAACAAUUGCUCAUCCAAUUUUAAUAGGUUUGCAUGUUAGUAAUCUACUAGUAAGUGUUAUUAUGAUAUUUUGAAUGAUCAAUGUAUGGAUGCUAGUUCAGAUAUGUUGAAAUAAUUAAGUUGUUCCGCAUAUGUAUCACAAUCAACAUGCAAGAAUAUUGAGACUCAGAAUUAGAAAUGCAUGUGGGACACCUACUUCUCUGAAUGCAGACAAUACGAUCAGAUAUUCCAAUAUUGCGAUCAAUUUUCACUCAAUCGAUAGGCUUGUACCUCACAAAAAGCUUCAACUUCUAUUUAAUAUCACUAUUACCAUUAUUGCUAAUUCAAUGAGACCACUUUGAAUUGCGAUGUAAGAAAUGAUGUGCUAACUGAUUGCGGUACUAGUCAACCGAUCAAUUAUCACAGAUGUGUAUAAUACACUACUGGAACAUGUUUAUUCGAUCAGAACAAGUGCUUUGAUGUAUCAAAUGCAUCGAGUAGAUUAGAUUAAUUGUACUUGAAUGAAAUGUUGUGUGAACAAGCCAAUGCCGAUACAUGUAAGGUUAUUACCAAUCCAUCAUAAGGAUGCAAAUUCACAACUCUCUUGAAAUUCGAUUACAUAGAUACCAGAUGUGCUAACUAAGAGUUUAAUAAAUUAUCAUGUAGUAAUAUUACAUCAAGUACUUCAACUAAUAAGUUAAUUUGCAGUAAAGCAACGGAUAAUUGUUACUAUGCUACAAGUGCUUCUAAAUGUUAGGCUUUCCCAUCAGCCUCUAUCGCUUAUUGCCAUACACUGGCAUUAUCUUUUACUGGUUGUAUGUAAGUAACUGUUGGUAAAUGCAUCUUCUAUCAGGAUCAAUGUUAAUAUCACAGAACUCAUAAUCCAAUAGCUUGUGAAGUUAGAAAUUACUAAGCAUGCAUUACUAGUAAUCAAUUAAAAUGUGUAUACAAUUCCAAUCUAAAACUAUGUUUGCAAUAAAGCUUAGAUUGUGUCAAGAGAAUAGAUUCAAACCUUACGUAUUCUUGGUCAACGUGCUCAAUGAGUGCAUAGAAUUGUUACGGAUUCAACUCACAAUGCAUAGUUGGUCAAGUCAAUAAUGUCCCUUGUGAUCUUCCAGGAUUAUCUUAGAGUGUUUGCAAAUCCCAAAAUAUCUAUUGUGAGUUCCUAAAUGGGUAUUGUUAAUUUUAGCUACCUCGAACCUGUGAUGAGAUCAUCAACAAGGAUUAAUGUGUGAAUAAUAAAUUAAAAGGACAAUACUGUGUAUUUCACAAUAACAUCUGCUUCAAUGUAACAGAAGUUGAGUCCUUUAAAUGCAAUUAAUUUGAUUACACUUCAUUCCACUUUUGCAAGCGAUACUCUAAUUGUUCUUAUGAUUUCACGACAAACGUAUGCUAGAUUAUGGAAACUUCCCUCAGUCAGAAUUGCUUAGAUAAUAAUUCCAAUAAUAGGUUGUACUAGUAUAUAAAUAAUGAAUGUGUACACUUUGAAUCAAAUAUCCCAAAUUGUCUUAGUAUCUAAAAUAUCCAGGUCAAUUAUAAUCUUUGCUAAACCAUAAGUGAUAACGACAAUAACCAAUGUGCUUACGAUUUCAAAACUCAUCUUUGCAAACUCACUUAUUAUUCUUACUUUAAUUCAUGCUCAGAUGUCUAAUCUGAAAUCCAAUGCAUGUUUGCUAAUUUGGCAUGCUAUGCUAAUUAUGUUAAUUCUGUUUAUUAAUCCUGCACAUCAUCAUCAUUAUCUUCUACAAGUAAAAUUAAUAGAUAUGGAUGUGUUCAGAUAGAGACUGCAGCCUACGCCUUUAAUAACGAUGAUUGGACUUGUCCUACAGUCUCCAUUUAAGUUAAUAGCUUGAAAUUAAUGCAUUACCCAAAUUAAUUGAAUCAAAAGGCUUGUUUUCUACUAGGAUCAGUCUAUUCAGCAAACCUCUACUUGAGAUGGUACAAUAAGGAAUGUGCUGAAUUAACACUUAAAUAAGCAAUCAAUUUGAACUCAUGUGCUAAUCUUAAUAAAAAUGCUUGUUUGGCAGUAGCCAAAUUAAAUUGUCAAUGGAAUAAUACCGACAAUUUAUGUUCAGAAGAUACCAAAACAUUAUUUGCAGUUACUAGUUGUGAAGCCUAAGUGCCGGCAAAUAUAAAUUAACUGAGCUCUCAAGGACUUUGUGCCAAAAUAAGUGGUUUGAGGUGUAUCUAGAAGUCUACCUUAAAUGGUUGUGAAUCUUUGGCUACAACUACAUACAAGUCUGUAUUUAAAUGUACAGGUCUAGGUUUAAAUCGAGAGGCCUGUCUGAUGGAAACCAAACUUGCCAAUUGCUAUUGGGCAGAUGGAAUUUGUGAAGAGGCGAAUUUUAUAUUAUAAAAAUGCGAAGAUGAUGUUUCAGAAUAUACAUGCAAGAACAUUACUAGAUAAAUGUGCCAAUGGAAAAAUUCAAAAUGUUCCAUAAAGAUUGAGGAUUUCACUUCAUGCCAACUUUCCAAUGGUUACAUCACCUUUUGUAGAAACAAUUAGAAUCUCAAAUGUAAAUACAACUAACAGACCAACUCAUGUGAAAGUUUCUCAUACACUCCAGUUGAAUGUGAUAAUACUUAUAGUAAAUUUGCAUGUCGUAACGUCAUCAAUAAAACCUGUGAAUGGAAUAAUAAUCAAUGUUAAGAAUUAGUAGAGGUUACAUCUUGUCUUUCAAUUUUCAAUGAACAAUCUUGUUUAUUGAAUGACAUGUUCAGUUGCAUCUGGGAUACUGAUAAAGGUUGUCUGGAAUAUAUUGUGGAUCAAAAAGUGGAUUUCUUCACCUUACCAGCUACAGCCAAUAAAAAUGUCUGCAUCUACUAUUCAAAACAAGAAACAACAUAUGUACAAUUCAAAUGCACUAACAUUCUAAAUUACAGCCAAAUAGAACACAAGUCUUCAAUCAAUCUAGGUGAUCCAAUUGUCAAUAUUGCAUGUCAGAGUUAAUUAACUCUAUCAGAUUGUCUCUCCUUGCAUACAUCAAACACUUAUUGUCAAUGGAUACAUAAUUAAUGCAUCCAUAUCUAAGAUGACUCUACAUUUUCAACUCUGUCUUGUAAUGCUGACAUCAACGUUUGGACUUGCCUUAGAAUUACUAAUCCAUCCCAAAAUUGCAAGUGGUCUAAUCUAAGAUGUUUAAACUAUAAAGAGGGUGAUUAAUCCAUGAUCAAUGUUAACAUAAAUGUGUGUCGCAACUUCUCUUAGAAUAGGGUUUAUAUGAAUAACUCAUGUGUUGUAUUGGAUGAUAUACAAUGUGAUUCUGAGGGAAUAAGUAAAUUUACAUGUGUCAAUAAUAAGAAUUAUGCAUGUCAAUAUGUCGAUAAUUAAUGUGUCAAUUUUUAGAUCUAAUCCACAUACUCACUAUGCAGUGAAAUUACUAAUGUUUCCAUAAAAGCUUGUUAAUUGAUACCCUAACUUAAGUGUCAAUAUAGCAAUAAUAACAGCUGUGUAAAUUACGUUGAAAACACUAAAUUAGAAGGCAUUUCUAAAUUUGCCUGUCUCAGCAAGAGUGGCUAUUAUUAUUGGUAAGCUAAUUAGUGUAAAUUGAUUGAUAUUCAACUUUAUUGUGAUGAUGAUUUGCAAGUCACUGGAUAAUCAUGUGUGUUAAUCAAGGAUAAGUUAUGUCUAUUUAAUCCUACAAAUUACACUUGCACUAGUAUCUACAAUCCACAUCAAUUGACUUGUUCUACUAUUGGAUUAAAUAAACAAGGAUGCAUGAAAGUCCUAUACGAACCAUGUAUAUUCAAAGAUAAUAAGUGUUACUAUUUUGAUAACUUACAAGAGUCAUAUAUAUCGUUGAGUAAUGUAAAUGAACUUACAUGUCGAAUGUUAGUCAACGAUUAUGUUGAAUAUAAUGAAAUUGAAGAAAGAUGUGUUUAUCAACUGACCAAAACUAAAUGUGCCAAUUUAAAUAUCAAUGGGUGCAAAUAACUUUCGUAUUGUGUUUGGAAUCAUGACUUUUCUAAGUGUGGUUGCCCUCCCUCCACUGAAGUUUGUUACAAUCUAAGCAAAUAGGAUUGUCAGAAGUAGAAUUCAUGCAGAUAUCAACAAAAUGUGUGUUCAGUCAAAUAGUGCAAUCAUUUAUCAUAGAGUGAAUGCGAAGGUUAGAUUUUAAAUAACUUAAAAUGUUACCUCAACAAAUUUAAAUAGUGUACUCAAGCAAGUAGAUGUGAAGACAUUAUUGAUUCCUAUGAUUGUUAAAAUAUCUAUUUUAAAGGAACUGCUUGUCUGUAGAUAAUUAACACUAGUUAAUGUUACUCCUAUAAUAAUUUUGAAUUAAUUUGUAAAUACUCACCUUCCUGUCUUAAUCAAUAUUGCAUUUUUGAUGGAACUUGUAAAUUGAAACAAUGCACUAAUAUAAAGGAACAACAGGAAUGUGAAUUUACAUAGAAUUGUGCUUUUAUUAAUAAUCAAUGCUAACUCAUUAAAUCUUGCUAAGAAAUUAAUGACCCAGCCAUCUGUAAUCAAUUGACUGUCAAUAAUUAAAAAUGUAAUUGGCAAUAACAAAAUUUACUUGAUGCAACUAAGAUAUGCACAUCACAAUCAUGUUCAAUGUUGGGCACAUCCUCUUCAUUAUGUCAUGGCAACGAGAUCAACAAUUAUGCAUGUGUCUUAAGAAAUUACAAAUGCGUGUAAUGUGAAUCAAUACAAGAGGUCUGUGAAUGCAACUCAUACAAAGGAAUUUGCUAUUUCACUAAUAAUUAGUGUUCCUCACUCUUAUGCAACGAUUUAAUGACAUCUACAAUUUGCUCUCAAUCCCCUAAGUGUGAAUGGAGCUAAUUAUUAAAUUCAUGCGCUUUAUAAUGCAACUUCAAUUACCAGGAAGAAUAAUGUUAGAUUAGAAAGGAUGAAUGUCAUUGGAAUCAAUAUAAAAGCAUUUGUCAAAGUGGUCCUGAAUCUAUUCCUACACUGUUUAACUCAACCAAAUCCAACCAAAAUUAUCAGUAACAUCUACUUCUUCCAUUAGUAAUUAUGUUAUAUCUAUGA